GAAACUCCCUUUAAACAGAACUUAGUGACAUGCUUGUUUUGUUUAAACUUUAAACACCACUUUGUAUGUGGUUUAUCGUAAUAUGUGGUAUCAAAUGGUUUUUAAAACAAGAUUAGAAAAGAUGAACAUGGUUUUAUGUACAAGAUUUGCUUAAAUAUUCAAGCAAAACCGAUUAAUGGAAACUAUUUGAUCAAAGCAAUAUUAGCGGAUUGAUAGGUUUUUACUGUGUCUUCAAUAUUUUCUAUGAAAUAACUGGUUAUUAAAUAACAUACUGUGAAAUAUCUGGUUAAUAGAUGACAACAUACUUUAAAAUAGCUUGUUAUUGUUAUUGGAUAACAUUUGAUGACCAUAAUGGUUAUGAAAGGGAAAUGUUCUAAAUUUAGAUGUAGUUAAAAAUGGGAAGAGGUGAUAAAACUAGUAUCGUGUAUAUAUGGAUUCUUUUAGUUAACAUCGUUCAAAAAGCGUUCUGUCAGUGCAGCGGCUCACCUUUAACAGUCUCCGCCAGUGAAGAACCUGCGAAGUUUAUAUCCCCUGGUUACCCUACGUCUUAUACAAAUGACUUGACCUGUCAAUGGUUGAUAGACUCAGGGGUGGCUGGACAAAAGAUCAUCUUGUACUCGGAUAACAUUAAUGUUGAUUGUGCAUUCGGAGAUAUCAUUAACAUUUAUGAUGGUUCAAGUACGUCAGAUACUACCUUGCACACAAAUUUAUGUGGGACAACAUUAAAAAGCAAUGAAUAUAUCUCCAGUGGAAGAUAUGUAUUGGUUGAAUUUACAUCGGAUUCUGCAACAGUAGGUCCUGGGUUCGAAAUGACAUACCUUUCAGCUGCGGACACAUCGGGCACUGGCUGCUCUUCAGAAUACACUUUAACAGCAUCAACAACAUCGCAAUAUCUUACCUCACAAAGUUUUCCAGCAUUGUAUGCCGGGUCGAGUUCAUGUCGAUGGCUACUAACUGCAUCAAACACCCAGGCUACCAUAGAUUUUCAAGUUGUUUGGAGUGACGUUGAGACAGAUGCUAAUUGUGCAUAUGACAAACUUGUAAUUUAUGAUGGGAGAUAUGUUUGCGAAAACAAAGUGUUGCUGACUGAUUGCUCCGCACGCACGAGCGCAGACGAUACGCCCACUGUGUUUACGUCAUCAUCAUACCACGUGCUGGUCACGUUCUCAUCAGAUCAAUCAUUUAAUAGAUAUGGUUUUGUUAUAAAAUUCACUGAAAACCAAGUUAACACUACAACAACAACCACUGUCACACAGGCUUCUACAACACAAGGAAGUUCAGGCCAGGCUGUGAGAACAGAAACAAUUAUAAAAACAGAAGUUAGCAUAGCUCUGAUGGCAGCAAGUGCCGUUGCCGGAGCAAUAUCUGCACUUGGUAUCGUAGCAACGAUAUGGGUAAUCAAAUACAUCAAAGCCAAAAAGAAAAUAAAGAAAGGUCUCAUUACUGUUCAUUCUAUAGCACCGCUUCCAGCCAGACAAACUGUGUUCGCACCAAGGCAACCAACAAACGUUCUAUCAUUUGUGUGAUGAUUAUUCAAGAAUUCCUUGUCUGUUUGUUUACCACGCUUCUUUCAAAAUGUGCCAAAUGUUCAAGACAUAACCAAUGCUUACAGGCAUAAUGUGAACUCAUAGUACUAUUGCUCAAACUAUUUAUGUAAACAUUAUAUGAGGCUUAUAAAAGCAAUAUCAAAAAUGAUAAGAAAUAUUGAUACAUGAGUGUAUAUGCAUAAUCUAUGCCUUAUUGACUGCUUAUUUGAGCCGCGUCACGACAAAACCAACAUAGUGGGUUUGCGACUAGCAUGGAUCCAGAACAGCAUGCGCAUCCGCGCAGUCUGAUCAUGAUCCAUACUGUUCGCUUACAAACCCUAUAACAAGUAGAGAAACUGAAAGCGAACAGCAUGGAUCCUGAUCAGACUGCGCGAAUGCGCAGGCUGGUCUGGAUCCAUGCUGGUCGAAAACCCAUUAUGUUGGUUUUGUCGUGACGCGGCUCAUUUAUUGUAAACAGUCACCUGGUAGUUUCAAGUUUAUUCUUUUCAGAAAAUUGAAUGCUCGACGAGUAUAUCAUGAAGUCAACGAGCCAUUGGUAUUAUGAGUGAUUUGUUAUAUACUGUGACAAUCUGAAAUUUUAGUUUAGUUAAACAACAUUUUAUUUCAAUCAAACAUAUAUACGCAAUAUAAUUACAAUAAAAUGCUAAAAAGGAUGAAGCUUUUUUAGAAAUUCUCUCCUUGGAAUGAAACGAUUGUCAUUAAUGAUAACAUUUAAAUGAGCCGCGUCACGACAAAACCAUCGUAAUGCGUUUGCGACCAGCAUGGAUCCAGACCAGCCUGCGCAUCCGCGCAGUCUGAUCAGGAUACAUGCUGUUCGCUUACCAACCCUAUUACAAGUAGAGAAACUGAUAGCGAACAGCAU